UUCUGUAGAUGUGCUCAUCCAAAAGGAGAUUGCAAAAGAAUAAAAGUCUCAGUCUAUAAAGAGUGACUUCGGUGAGAUGCGCGUAACUGCAUCCACAUCCACGCGCCUUUGUGAGGAUGCGAGUCAAAUGACCAAUCACACAGAGCGCUGAAGCUUAAAGGAGCCUCCCACUUCUGUGCUUUAAUACCUGAUGGGGUCCAUUAUACAGAUCAUUCAACAGACCACCGCUGGAGCGCUCAGGAUCGGCGGUCACCCCCAUUUUAACACCUCAUCUGGAUUAGUCCGACUGUGAGGAUAUCCACGCUGAUUCAAAUCAAGGCUGCGAGAUCAAAUAAGAUCUUCCCUUCAUGUGUGUCAGUCGUGUGCACGGAAGGUUUCCAGCACUGCGUCUUCGCUCCGCAUGGAUCUGAUUAACUUGGCGUUUCCGACGGUCCCUUUUACGCACGAAGACAUCACGAACACGGCGCUCCUCAAGUCUGCUUGAUUCCUGAUGUACAGUCUGCGCUUGCUCUGGUCUUGUUGGACUCGCAUCCUCAUCGAGCGUUUCCCAUCUCUUGGCUCUUCUGCAUGGAUAAGACGUUGUUCUGGGGAGAACGCGUAAAAGAUUCAGGACACACACAAUCGCAGUCCAGCCAUGGCUAUGGUGGUGAGUGCGUGGAGGGACCCGCAGGAGGAAUCGGUACCAGAGGGGUCCCUGGAUGAUCAGACCGGACCGCGGAGAGACCCCCACAACAACAACAACAACCGGGUGAGCGCAGCCUCUCCAAACACUGCAGAGUCAUCCGCGGACGAUAAAGGACAGACAUCAUCUCAGAGUCAGCAGCAGCACAUUGAAUGUGUGGUGUGCGGGGACAAAUCCAGCGGGAAACAUUACGGCCAGUUCACGUGCGAGGGCUGCAAAAGUUUCUUCAAGCGAAGCGUUCGGCGGAAUUUAACGUACACGUGCCGCGCCAACAGAACCUGCCCGGUGGAUCAGCACCACAGGAACCAGUGCCAGUACUGCCGACUGAAGAAAUGCCUGAAAGUGGGAAUGAGACGAGAAGCGGUUCAGCGAGGACGAAUGGCCCCAAACCAGCCGAACCCGGGCCAUUACAUGCUGACCAACGGAGACCCGCUGAACGGCCAGUGUUACCUGUCCGGAUACAUCUCUCUCCUGCUCCGGGCCGAGUCAUAUCCCGCCUCCCGAUACGGGAACCAGUGCAUGCAGUCGGGUAACAUCAUGAGCAUCGAGAACAUCUGCGAGCUGGCGGCCCGUCUGCUCUUCAGUGCGGUGGAAUGGGCCAAGAACAUCCCUUUCUUUCCCGACCUCCAGAUAACGGAUCAAGUGUCUCUGCUCAGACUCACCUGGAGCGAGCUUUUCGUCCUGAACGCGGCCCAGUGCUCCAUGCCCAUCCACGUGGCCCCUCUUCUCGCCGCCGCCGGACUCCACGCGUCGCCGAUGUCCGCGGACCGGGUGGUGGCUUUUAUGGAUCAUAUCCGUUUCUUCCAGGAACAGGUGGAGAAACUCAAGGCCCUACAGGUGGAUUCCGCCGAAUACAGCUGCGCCAAAGCGAUAGUGCUGUUCACAUCAGAUGCAUGCGGUCUUUCAGACGUGCCGCACAUUGAAGGCCUGCAGGAGAAAUCCCAGUGCGCGCUGGAGGAGUACGUGAGGAGUCAGUACCCGAAUCAACCCAUGCGCUUCGGCAAGCUUCUGUUGAGACUCCCUGCGCUUCGGAUGGUCUCCUCCUCCGUCAUUGAACAGCUUUUCUUCGUUCGUCUGGUGGGUAAAACGCCGAUUGAAACUCUUAUUAGGGACAUGCUGUUAUCUGGGAGCAGUUUCAACUGGCCCUACAUGUCCAUUCAGUGACUCUACUGAGGAGGAUGAGGAGGGACAUGCGGCGAACAUAUGAAGAGCAGACAAAACUGAAGAGCACUGAAAGACGAAACUCAUCUCUUACUGUCAGUUUAUAUAGAAAUGAUAUUUGUUUUGUGAAAAUGUGAAGCUUAAGCUCUCUCUCUCUCUCUCUCUCUUUCUCUCUGUAGUGCCAUACAUUCUCGAAAAAAAUAUUUGCUUUAACAGUGUAAUUGUCCAUUUACAAAAUUCGUAUCAAAUGCCAUCAAAAUAACUCAAAUAAAUCGCUAUUGGUGGUUCCCUCUUUUUAAAACGUCACAACAAAACGUUUAUUGUAGCUGAGAAAGACAAUGGAUUUAUCAAAUAUUUAUUUCACUGUAUUUAUUUCCCUGCUUAUAAACCUCCUGUGAUCUAAACAAUCAACUCCAGCACUUAUUCCAUGCUUUUCUGAGGUUAAAAGAAAUCUUAAUCAUUUUUUUUCUCUUACACGUGACUAAAAUCUUUUAAUUUGCAGAUGGUUAUUUGACUGUUCGAUUUGAUGUUCAGUGCAACAUUUGAUUAAACAAUUUCCAUUCAUCAUUUCGUGCGUAAAUGUGCUCUUAUUUCUACUUUUCCCCAAUAAAUGAGCUUUCUCAAUCCCCCGAAAACAAACGCAUGUUUAUGUUUGUAAAGCUACUGUUCCGUCAUGUUCAAAAUGUUUGAACUGUUUGUUUUAAAGUGUUUAAAUCUUCAUAGAAAUUACGAACGUUCAAUGCAAAGGAAAUGAGGGAGGAGACGCAUCGAGUUUUAGAAUAUAUUAUUGGGAUAUAUAAAAACAUGACAAUUAGCUUUACUUUAGUUUAUCAUUUAUUGUACUCAUGCUUUAAAAUACUUGUCAAAAAACCGAUACUAUUCGCUGUUAUUUGUAAAGUACGUCGUAAUCACACACAAGCAUCAUUCACAAAUCUAUUUACGCCUUCGCUUGCGAUUACACAUUUAGGCUAUCCAAAUAAAUGACUCAACAAUUAACCAUCUUUAACAACAUAACUCUCAAAUUACGGAAUGAUCCGGGAUAUAACUACGGGCUAUAAAAAUCAUCUCUUUUAUAAGCGAUCACACUUAUGUGGAGUCUAGCAAACAUUAGUUUUGAUCGUGAUGACCGUGAAUGUUCGUCUUACAGCUACAUUUGCUUAUUCCUUAUGCAUUUUACGAUUGUAGAAAUUAUUUUUUAAAUUCUUGAAAUAUAUUUUCUGUUUCCUUUGAUGUUUGUAACAGGUAUCUAAUUCAGUUGGUAUAAUAUUGGCUAAAAGCGAUUGUUGCGUUUUCAAAUAUCUACAAUCUCGCUUUAAUUCAUCGUAAUAUAUUAUAAUUCAUCAUCUUUAAAACGUCGCAACAUUUUUUUCCUUAAUUACAAAACGUGUUGAGACAGAAACAUUUGAGAAGCCUUUUUAAGAGUAGGCUACCAUAAAAAUACAAAUUUGUGUUACAAAUGGAACAAACAGAACAACACAUUUUCUGUAGAUUUGUAACUUUUACUGUAUUAAUUCAGAUGAUAAAUUAGCAUGAUUGAAAAGCACUUUCAUUGAUCAACGGGAUUUAUUAGACCUGUCUACUAUUAUUCUAAUGUGGAGUAUUUAAACAAACAUGUAAAAGAAAAUGUAAGGAACACAUCAGUUGUUUUAGAAAGUGUUCAACAGGGCAGAUAAAAAACGGCAUAUGCUAAAUUGUUUAUUAAAUAAAUAGAUUAUAGGUUACACAAUUUAAAGAUGAUCAGUCAUUUGCAUUUUUUUGUCACCUUUUAUUAUUAUGAUUGUAUUAAUAUAACAGUUUCCCAAAUUCCUAAAAGCUGUAUUUAUAUAUUGUUUGGUUUGGUUUGAGCUAUAAUACAGACACAUAACUGUUCCCGAAAAUAACAGAACCUCAAAUAAAAAUGUCCCCAGGUGCAGAAAGCAAAUAAGCAAAUGCAAUGUAUUGAAUGUAUUCAUGGGCAGCCUUAAAUAAAACAAUAGAACUAUAUAUGGUAUGUUC